AUGGAUGGCUUCGAAAUUCCCGACUUUCAGGUUUCGCAGGAUGACAACCACGUCUAUGUAGAUGUGUCGUGUCCGAACGGCGACGUGGGUGCGAGGGGAGCGACGCCGAACGUAGCUGUCGAAGGACGCAUCUUUGGAUUUCAUCUCGAGCCGUACUACCUGCCGCUCGUCCUGCCCGGUGCAGCGAUACUGUCCAACGUCGAUGAUGCAGUCCACAGCUCACAUGACGGUCGAAGACACUACAGAGUCACGUUGAACAAGCUGCAGCCAGGGGAGCGCUUCGAAGGGUUAGACCAGCUGCAACCGCAACUGUUGCCGGAAGACCAGAUGAAGCAAGCCCUGGCGGAUGCGGAGCAGUCGAAGGGCUUCUUCCAACCAACAGGCGGUGAUGCCAGCAGCACUCGAGCGAUGGAUGACGCGGCCAAGUCGUUGUUGCAGCAAGCGCUGCGGAGUCAGGGGCUGACGGCGGUCAACGACGAGGAUGGGGAAGCGGCGAUCGAUGCGAGCGCGAUGCAGGCCGGAUCUGCUGCGCCGAGUAGCGCUACCGCCGGCGCUCAGGGUCAUGGCUUUGGUUUCAGGAGCAGCUUCAGGGGCUCACUCAUCCCAGCAGGAUGCGCGGAUACGCGCAACAUACUCGAAGUCCCCAAUCCGGAAGCCGUCGAGCUGGCGCAGCGAGAACAAGCCGCUUUGGCGUUCGAGGAGCAGCACUGGGACGAAGGCAUCUACAUGGACAAUUUUCUCGACAUCGAUGGCGAGCUGGCACACCUACUCCGCUUUCAGCCGAGCAUCCCAGCAAGUACCGCUUCAGGCACUUCGAGCCUGGUUGACGAUUCACAUCAUGUCAUGGAGGCGCUCGCGCUAACACUGCAGCUGCUGUUCGCAUACAGCUACGACGAGCGCACCAACGAGGGCGAUCCCACGGUCGAAUCCGGCUGGACGAUUGCCAAGCUUUCCCAUUCUCUCGCAGCAUCCGCCCCACCCCGAACCACUUCUGCGACCACGUUGGAAUCCGUCGUUUCCGCAACCCUGAUCGGGUGUGCAAGACGAGCGCUGACCGUCCCCCUCUACCGACACUGGAAUCUGACGCUCGCCUGCAUCCACGACACUCUGCUUCGGCUCGAAGCAGGUGCGACACACGUCAAGCACUGCCUGCAUCAGAUUGCUGAGCGACUCGAGGAGGGCGAGGACCCGAUCCUGUGUCGAUUGUCAGAGGUGUGGUUGACGCCGCUGUUGGCGGAGAUGCCGGAUGAUGGGGAAUCGAGGAGGUUGGCGGCGUGCGUGAGGCUGCAAGCGGGAGAGUUGACGAAGGACAAGGUGGGAGGUGAGAGGUGGGAUUUGGAGGUGGUCGAGCAGGCCGCGAGGGAGGCGUAUGAUGAGGGUGAGGGAGGGUUUGUAUGA